AUGAAUGGCUCUCAUAGUACUGGCCACGAUAAGAGAAACAACACAACCGAUUUCGAAAAGUUUAAUCCCUUUAAGAGCUCUCAGGAUGAAUCCCUGCAUGUAAGCUGGACUUCAUUGCAACAAGUGUAUCCGAAUUUAUCAUAUUAUGGGGGACCUACUUUCAUUCUUCCGGUUCAGCUCUACUAUAUCAUAGGUACGGCAAAGGGAGCCGUUGUUAUCUUUAACAAGAAACAAUUCGUUCAAUCUGUACUAGCACCAUCUUUACCAGAUUUUAGAUCCAAGGUAACAUUUAUCGAUAUAAAUCAGGAUGGUACCCAUGUUUGCGCAGCCUAUGAAUCCGGUGAUAUAUUCCUGUGGGACUUAAACUCUCAAGUCGAUGAAAAUUCCGAUUCUAAUCAUCUAGAAGCCGUGCUGCAUAUUGCUUCUCAUAGAGGACAUUCCUUUAAUGGUCUUAAUUUUAUCCCGGGGAAACAUACCAAUAUUGCAGUCAGUGAUUCUACAGGACAUAUUGUACUUCACAAGGGUACUAGAAAUCAUCUUUGGCAAUUGGUACCUAGUGCAAAAGAAAUCUUGAGGCUGAAUCCAAUGAUAAACCCUUUAUUGACUACGCGCAUUCGAAGCAACGGUGAAGAUUAUGAUGCUGAACAUCUGUUAGCAGUUUUAUCUAAUCGAUCCUUCGCAGUCAUAUCAUUGUCAUCGCCAACUUUAUCAACUUAUCGGCUCAUUGAAUUGUCACACAAAAACUCGGCCACUUUUGGAUAUAUCUCCUGGAAUGACGUCAAUCCAAAUCAGGUUGCCUUCUCUGUAGAUAACCAGUUGAGCCUUGUCGAUAUCAGGUUUCCGACUUUACAAUGGACGUACGAAGCUCCUGAAUGCAUUUGUAAAGUUGCCUGGCUCACAAAUAACAUUUUGACUAUUUUGCUCUUGUCAAGUAAGCUUCUCGUUUUAAACAUAGGUAGUGUUGAUACCGAUGAGGAUCCUGUACUCACUAGUAUUGACUUACUUAUUCAUGAACUGAUGGUUCCAGAAUCUGAGAACCAUUUCGCUACGUUAAAUAACACGAUUGUUGUGCUCACCAAUUACAGUUUAAUGGUGGGGAAAAUUAACUCAUGGUCCGAUAUUGUCUUACACCAUAUACAUAAAGGAGAUUACAUUAAUGCAUUAGGAACCCUAGGUUACUAUUUACAAGGUCCAUCAUUCGAUUCGAUAACCGCCUUAUUACAUCUGGAAAAAGACUAUCAGAAAAGAAUCAGACAAAUUGAACCAUCGUUUAACAACUUGACACUAGCAACUGUUCAAUUUUUACUGAAGAAAGAUGAUAUAAGUUACAGUAAGGUCACUGAAGCUACAUCAUUGAUUUUGGACUUGGGAAGUAUUUUCUCAGAUGAAAAGAUGUAUGUGCUUUUAGAACAGGUAGGGGAAGCUUUGAUGACCAAACAUAACGAAGAAUUUCAAGAAAUACUUUACGAAAAAAUCGUUAACGGGACAGUAACAUACCUCUCACCAAUACUUUUCAAGGCUGUGAUGGAAUACACAGUGUCUUCAGGAAAUGAUAGAAGGUUAGAGACAAUUUUAUUAUCGCUAGACGGUACAACUUUGGAUUUGGAUUAUGCUUUCAAGGUUUGCAAAGAGUUUCGUCUCUACUCUGCACUUUUAUAUCUCUGGACAACCAUUUUGGAUGAUUAUAAAAGUCCCCUAGUGGAUAUAAUAUUUUACUUUGCUGGCAAAGAAGAAUGUUGUGUAGUUUUUGAUGCUAACAUUGAAGAUAAUACCCUUUUCGAGUACAUCGAAUCAACUUUAUUGGGAAAAGUUUAUCCAACAGAAAAAAGAGUGCCUUCCAAAAAGAUUCUAUACCUAAAGAACUUUUAUUACAGCUUACUUUUUAGUGGCUCUUCUUUGGAAUGGCCACAAGGCUCUGGAAAAAAGCUUUUAACGUGUCCCCUACCAGCAGAAGAACCAGCCUUUCCAUAUGCUUCCCUUUUAAUAUCAUCAAGUGCGCAAAAUUUCUUGCACGUUCUUGAUGUCUCAUUUGAAGAUGUUCUGUUCAAUGAAUCCCCUCAAAAUGGAUUUCAUUUUACUAGACAACAUAUAAUUGAUGUUCUUUUGGACAUACAGAAGAAUUUCAAAGAAAAUCAUGUGAAACUUCUUAUUGCCCUCUUUGUGUUCAACAAUUUGCCAAAGUAUUCUCAGUUUAUUCGCCUAACCAACACUAUCAUUGACUCACAAAUAGACGUCAUAUUAUCUGCUGAUUUGGAAGGAUUUGAACAAAUUUCUGAAGAUUGUCUUGAAGCACUAUUGUCUGUUUAUUCACCAGAUAAUAUUAACGCCCUAAUUGAUAAAAUGUCAGGAGUGGAUUUUUAUCGUGUUCGGCUUCUGCUAUAUAAAAAGGCCGGAAGAUAUACAGAUUAUCUUACCUUUAUUCUUAGCGAUCAACACAGGAAUACGAAUGGCAAUGAUAUUAUUGCAGGUUUGAAACUAUGUGAUGGUGCUACAGCGAAAUCGCCUAUCGGUCGAAGUGAAAUUUGCGACCUUCUAUCAGAUACAUUUCCGAAGAUUAUCGAAAAUUGUCAAGAUCAGCGUUCCCUUGUCUCAAUCAUAGACUCUUUUGAUAGUAGCUUACAUGAAAAAAUUCUUCUUAUUUCUGAUCCGUUGACGCUCUUAGGAUAUCUUCGUAUACUUCUGUCUGGGAACUAUCAUCUAUCUGCCCCAUUUUUGAAGAAAGCAAGGCCGAAGUAUCUAUCAUUGUUGUAUGAAACCGGAGAUGCGUCCGGUGUAUCACAAUGGGUUGACAAUAUUGACCUUAAAAACAUCGAAGUUGAGAGUAUUGUAGAUAUUAUUAACGGAAAUAGGGAUUCGAGAACUUUGAUACGAUUGCUAGUACGGCUAAAGAACUAUGGGUCGGCAAUAGAUAAAAUAAACUCGAAAAUCAACGAGUUAUUACAAAAUAAUGAUUUUGACGAAAUUGAUAAUUAUUUGGAUUUAGGCAUCAGUGUAUCCCAGAAGACAGAUGAAACUAACAAGAACUGGGUUAAAUUGAUAUCAAACUUGGUCUCUCAAUACCCAACUCUUACCGAUGAUCAAAAAGCGUUUUGUGAUAAAAGUUUGCAGAAAGUAUUUAUUGAGCUUUCAGAUGGGAACCUGAAUGAUAUCGAAAACUCGGAGGAGAGCUUUUUCUGGAAGACCCUAAUGGAGAUAUUUGAAAACAAAUCUCUUAUCUUGAGUAAAAUCAAAGAUAUUAAAGUGGUGUUGAAGAAUAUUUUCACAGCUUAUUCUGUCGAAGAGACAGUGAAACUUCUUAUUUUACAGAUUAUCAAUCAAAGUGCAUCAUCAGAUAUUACAACCUAUAUGCACAGAAAAGAACAUGGUUGGGCAAUUCAGUCUCAUGAGUGUGAAGUAUGUGGCAAGAAAAUAUGGGGAAUUGGAAUCGAUAAUAAAGUCUUUGAACAGUGGGAGUCAGCGAGAUGCCACGAGGUCGCCGCUAGUGGUAGCAGUGCACUCGUUGUAUUUAGUUGUGGGCACAGUUUCCACAGCUCCUGUUUAGAAAACAUGGGCCAACACGAGGGUGCUUUCAAAUGUUUAACUUGUGACGAUGAGUAA